CUGGCUUCACCACCUAUGCCAGUGAUCGAACGCGUCCCGGGAAACGCCCUGUUCGGUAAAUACGAGCUCGGCAGGCUCCUGGGUUGUGGCGCCUUCGCCAAGGUUUAUCAUGCCCGUAACGUACGCACUGGACAGAGCGUGGCCAUUAAGGUCGUCAACAAAAAGAAGCUUUCUAAUUCCAGCUUGAUGUCCAACGUCAAGCGCGAGAUCUACAUCAUGAGUCGCUUGAAUCAUCCUUACAUCGUCAAAUUCUUCGAGGUUUUGGCUACCAAAACUAAGAUCUAUUUCGUCAUGGAACUCGUCAAAGGUGGAGAAUUGUUCGCUAAGCUAGCUAAAGGAAGGUUCACCGAAGAUCUCAGCCGUAAAUAUUUCCAGCAGCUCAUCUCGGCCGUUGGUUACUGCCACUCCCGCGGGGUGUUCCACCGUGACUUGAAACCUGAAAAUCUCCUUGUCGACGAGAACGGGAAUUUAAAGGUGUCGGAUUUCGGUCUCAGCGCCGUAACCGAUCAGAUCCGACCCGACGGGUUGUUGCACACCUUGUGUGGGACCCCGGCAUACGUGGCACCAGAGAUAUUGGCAAGAAAAGGUUACGAUGGAGCUAAGGUGGACGUGUGGUCAUGCGGCAUCAUCCUCUACGUCCUAAACGCGGGUUACUUGCCUUUCAAUGACCCAAAUAUCAUGGUUAUGUACAAUAAGAUCUACAAAGGUGAGUAUUGUUGUCCCAAAUGGAUGUCGAGCGAUCUCAAACGCUUCCUGUCUCGGCUUCUGGACACGAACCCCGAUACGAGAAUUACGAUUCAUGAGAUAUUCAACGCCUGGUUCAGGAAGGGUGGUUAUAAGGAGCCCAAGCUCCACGAGAAGCAUGACAAGGAUGAGUUACAGCAGGUUUCAAGCUUGAAUGCAUUCGAUUUAAUAUCAUUCUCUUCGAGUUUGGACCUGUCUGGUUUGUUCGAGGAAUCACAUGAGCCGAUCAGGGAUCGCGAGCAUUUUGUAUCAAGAGAGUCACCCGAGAAAUUGGUGGAGAUGGUGGAAGAGGUUGCCAAGGGCGAGGGGCUGUUGAAGGUGAAGAGGAAGAAAGAAUGGGGCAUUGAAUUGGAAGGGGAAAACGAUAACUUUGGGAUAGCGGUUGAGGUUUAUCGGUUAACGAGAGAGCUGGUUGUAGUGGAAGCCAAGAGAACGCGCGGUGAUGCACAACGUUACAAGGAUACUUGGAACAAUAAAAUCAAACCUCUCCUAUUACAAUGACAGAUAUGAAAAAGAGAAAGACAACAAGAAGAAAUAUAGCCACAAAAUCUGCAAGUAACAUUAGUUUGUCGAAUAGAGGUAUUAUGCAUCGGUGUG